GCUCUUGCUGCAAAGGCUUUGGAAAGAACCAUGGGCCUCUGGCUUUGGUCACUUUACUUCCUGCCAGGAUCAUUUUUAAAGGUAGUUUUAUGCAGCCCAGGAUUGAAGAAGUUCACGGGCACUUGGGACAUCAUGACUAAGGUAUCUGGGGCUCUGAAGAUCCUCCCAGAAGUAAAGCUGGAUGGAAAACUGGGCGGAUCUAUUACCUUCGAGUGCCCGCUUCCUGAAAUACACGUGAGGAUGUAUCUGUGCCGGCAGAUGGCUAAACCUAGAAUCUGUUCCACCGUGGUAUCAAAUAACUUCAUCAAGAAGGAAUAUGAGAGCCGAGUGACUCUGAAGUUGUGCUCAGACAAGAAUCUGUUCCUAGUGGAGAUGACAGAGCUGACCAAAAGUGAUGGUGGAGUCUAUGCCUGUGGCGUGGGCAUGCACACAGACCGGGGCAAGACCCAGAAGGUCACCCUGAAUGUCCACAGUGAGUACAGUCCAUUCUGGGAAGAGGAGCUGAUAUCUAAGUCUCCAAAAUGGUUUCAUAAAUUUCUGCAGCAACCGAUGCCCGAUUGGCUCCAGAUGGUUGCACAUGCCAGUUCUUCUGAAUCCAUACCCAAAGUUACCACACCAACCCAAAGGACUGAGGACCCUCCAGGGCUUCGCCCCUCUGUCACCACACCAAUAAUUCAUCAUCCUCAAGCUCCCAGAGCAUCCUUGGUAGCAGCUGCCAAGCCCUCAACCCUUCUGCCAUCCACCACAGCCUCAAAGACUUCAGCUCAGGAAGAGCUGCUUAGGCCCCCGGGGGCCAGCUACAACCAGCACACCAGGCUUCAUGGGCAGAGAGAAUUCAACCGUGGCUCAGAGUCUUCGAGGGAGGACCAAGGAUUUCACAUCCUGAUCCCAACUGUCCUGGGUCUUCUCCUGCUGGCCCUUCUGGGCCUGGUGGUAAAAAGAGCGAUUCAAAGGAAGAGAGCCUCCAGGCGCGUCCGCCGACUGGCGAUAAGGAUGCGAGCUCUGGAAGCCUCCCAGCGGCCCCGACUGCAGAGGCCGCGCUCCCAGAACAUCUACAGCGCCUGCCCACGGCGCGCUCCAGAGUCUAACGCGGCCGGCCCAGAACAGACCCCUCCUGCGGACCUCGAACCCUCGGCGCCUUCAGCCCCUCCGCAGGUGCCUGAAGCUCCCUGGCUCCAUUCCCCAUCUCUGAAGACCAGCUGUGAAUAUGUGAGUGUCUGCCACCAGCUUGCUGCCAAGAUGGAGGCCACUGAUUCAAAUGACUACAUCAAUAUUCCCAACCUGAUUCACUCUCCAAGCUGUACCCCUGCAGUCAGACCUUGAUGCUAAUGAGUCUUGUCUAUCUGCUGAUUACCAGUAACUGAUUUCCAUCUCCUCACAGAGCCCUGAUCACCUCACAUGCCCCCAUCUAUCUGUGCCUUGAGCAUGGCUCUGCCCCAGAUAAUUUUGCACACCUUUGCAUCUCACUGUGUGCCUCAGGGGGCUCAGGGAAUGCAUAGCAUUUGUCUCAGUGCCACCUGCUUCCUUUCCAAACCAUGUAACAGGCUGUGGCAUUUGCAGUGACUUUGGUCACAGGGAUUUUGCUGCCCUGGCUCUUAGAUCACAUGGCUGGAGUGUAGACAGAGCUGCCACUUCAAAACCCCUUCCCUGGGCCUCACACAAACAGAAAGCCCUGGGCUGAGUCCUGAGGAUGUGCUUCAACCCUAUGGGCUAGAAAGGGGUCUGGAAUGAAAGCAUUCCUAGGAAGGGCUUUGCCCUGAUCCAAAGCCUGGAACUGGCUAGUGUGAAAACUAUUUAUCUCACGUCCAAUUUAUUUUGAUGUUAUCAAGUAUCCUACAUGCUCAGAACCAACAUUGUUAGUGCUAGUGAUAUAGAGAUACAAAUCCUCUUUAGUCUAAGUCUCCCUCUUUUGCUACAGAAAAGUACCCUGACCCCAGCAGCUCCUGCUCUUGUAGACCCAGUCUUUGUCAUCUUCCUACCCUUCUUCCACAUCCUAGCACUGAUAUUUGUACCCUCCUCUUUGGUCUGUUUUAGCCAUCCCAAAUCAUUACCUCUCUCUGCUUUUAAAAUUUCCCUUCACCUCUUUGCCAGUUCCAGACAACAUAUGGCAAAGUGGGAAGGAAAGUAGCCUGGGUUUCCUAGAGGACCAGGGGCUCUGCUGCAGCACUUCUGUCAUGGAAAAGGAGAUGCCCUAUCUCCUGUGUGCACUCUUUCUCUUAAGUUUUGGGGGCAAGGUCAUAGUCGGACACUAUCUUUGGAUCGAUGUCAACUACAAAGUACAGUCAGAACUUGAGAAUGAUCGUUCUUGCCAUUGAGAAGAUCUUUCCCUGGCACACAACACAGUCUCCCCAGGCACUUGCCCACAAGUAGGAAGAAAACGCUGCCAGACCUGAAGUGAGUUGCCUUUUAUUAGCAAAAAAAAUGUCAACAUGGAUUUGACAGUACCUCCAGGCACAGGGAUAUCAUCAGCAAUGUCAGCUUGAUGUUGUCACCUUCUCCACUAUCAGAUUAAGGGAAGAAUGACAAAGACAAGAAAAGGGAUGGUGGGGUGGGUUGGGAUGGGGUCAGGUGGGGAAUGCAGCAGGAAAUGAAGUGUUUGGUGACAGUCUGCUUUUUGCCAGGCACUUAAACCAAUAUGUUAUCUUUUACCAUUUACUUUUCAAACCAAUGCUGACAUUUGCCCCAGUGCUCUGCCCCUGCAGAUAUGUGAUUUCCAUGUGCUAAAGUUCAAAAUCAUAUUCUAACAUCCCUCAUUGUUGCUCAGAAAUCCAAAGACAGGCAAAAAAAAAAUCCAGUUUAUUAAGUAUUAACUGAGCACCUAUCCACUGGCCCAUGCUGUGGCAAGGAUUACAGGAGGUAAAAGGGAAAUAUGGGGCACACUAUAUUCUGCUACCUUCUUGGAACUUAGACUCUCACAAAUAAAUGUACCUUUUCAGUUGAAGCGCUGGCAGUAAUUAAAUAGAGUUGUAAUAAAUACAGGGAUCCGCUUUGUAGAUUAUUCAUAACAUUCAGAGGAGCCUCCUGUGACUGUUGCUAGGGCUGCUGAAAGAAUAACAUCUUUGAAGAUAAGCCUGGGACAACAAUGGGACCCAAGGCCAAGAGUGUGAAGUGCCCAGUGAGCAGCACAAGAAGGGACACCUGUUUGAAAUUACACGGAGAACAAACGAGGACACUCUCCUGGUCCGGACAUUCAGAGCUUGUAGAAUUUCUCCAUCCAUGUCAGGAGAAUGUCCACUUCCCCAAAGGCUUUCGUCAGAGCUGCUUCUAUGUCCAACUAAGGGGAAAGGAGAGUUGGAGGUUAUCCACAUUAGCAGUGAGAAUAGUGUUCCUUCCCAUCUGCCAUGUCAGAAACAGAUAUGAUUCCCCAAAUCUUGGACUGGAUCACCCAGGGAAUGUUCUCUGAUGAACUCGCCUGCCCAUCCCUUGUCUCCAUCUUUGAGUGUUUGUCUGCUUCAGAGACAAGGAUACAGAGAGUAGUCACGGAGUAGCAGAGUAGUGAUGGGUAAAGAACAAGGGAAGAGCAUUUGGCACCCCCUAACCACAAGAACCGCAGAGUGCAGCUUGGGGUGCAUAUAGCCGGCCACCUGCAUCCACUGCGCAGAUGAGGAAAUGAACCAGGGUGGCCUCUUUCCAUCAGGUAUUUUGCUCUUCACCAUUUAUUUAUAGGCCAAUGUAUGGAUUCUUCCAAAAACAGAUCAAAAUCACGUUUUGGAAAAAAACAAAAAUUUGUGGGGAGAGGUGCCGAGAAUGAAAUUUGGAUUUUUUGUGUGUGUAUCUAAAUUUAGGAAAAGUGAUAUAAUUUCCCAUCAUUUUUAUUCAUAAAUGAGACCACUUGGGCAUUAUGGAAAAUACCACAGAUGUGUUUGGGGUGAGUCCAGUGAUUCCUUUCCUUCUCUCUCACUUCUUUCAUUACCCAGUUCAAGUACCCAUAAAACUCUCUCACAGGGAAAGUCCCCAAUAAUGAAAUCAUCUGGUAGGGAAAUAUAAUAGCAUUUUAAUUUGAUAACAGCAGGAGGGGAAAAAGACCACUUCAUUUGUGCCACUUACACAAAGUGUAUACUAAUUGAUGUAAAUAACCCACCUGCUAAGUCGGGUGGGUUUGGGGCAAGCCUGGUGGAGUCACCUAGGUUAAAUUCUGCUUGAGGUCUCUGAGGCCCCUUAGUGUGACAGUUCAAGCGAGUCUACUUUUGCUGGGUGAGCAAGCUCCCAGCUCCUCGUCUUACCCGUUUGAAUGCUCCCUGGAACAGCAGAAACCGCCUGCGCGCACUCUCACUGAUGGAAAACUUCUCAUUUUCCUGCUGGAUAACAAGGGGGAAAACUGUUGAGCCAAGAAUUAGAUAGGGGCAGAGGAACACUCCCUCCUGUUCUCCUUGGUGAUGCCACGGUGGGUCCCAAGACCUGAGAGGACAGAGCUGAGCUCUGUGUCCUCAAAGUAGUCAAUACCCGACUCCCACCAUGUGGCAGGAACUGUCUCCCUUAAUGCUCAUAUAAUUCCUCCAGGGAGAAGUGUCAUUUCCAUUUUACAGAUGACAAAACUGAAGCCAGAGAGGCUGAGCACCUUGUGAAGUGUCACUCAGCUGAUUAGAAGCAGACCUAGAUGUGAACCCAGCACUUUUUUCCAUAACCCCCAUGAACCCUGUUGUGGAAUGCAAGCCAGGACUGGAUAAGGGAGAGAGUGUUCUCAGAACACACUGUUUCCAGA